AGCCGAGAUAAUGUAUGCAAAUUAUCGGGGUUUAGCAACACAUAAAUAUUCAAAACGACUGAAUGAAUGAAUGAAUGAAGCAGUUUCCAAAGCGAGGCACCAUGUACAAAACUCGGGUGAUUUACGUCUUGUUUGCUUUGUGUCUCGUCGAGAUUUUUGCGAUUGAAAUGGACGACGACAUGAAGGAGCUUAUCAACAAUUUGCACAACACGUGCACGGGGGAGACUGGGGCCACGGACGACCAAAUUGAAAAUGCGCGAAAGGGGAAUUUCGCCGAAGAUGACAGUUUCAAGUGCUACUUCAAGUGCGUUUUUGACCAAAUGGGUUGUAUGACCGACGAUGGAAAAGUGGACAGCGAGGCCGUUAUUGCAGUGAUGCCCCCAGAACUGGCCGACAAAAUUGCCAGUACGGUCAGAGGCUGCACUGAAGUUGGAGCAAAUCCUUGUGAGACUGCCUGGUUAGCCAAUAAAUGUUACCAAAAGUCAAAUCCAGACAUAUCCGUGGAAAUCUCUGCCGCAUUCAAAAUGUCUCCAUUGCUCUUAAUAUUCAUUUCGUGCUUAUUUCCGCGCGUUUUCGGCAUUUCCGAGGAGAUGCAAGAACUGGCCAACACCCUGCAUGCCACAUGCGUGGACGAGACCGGAGUGUCCGAAGACGCGAUAGAAAGUGCCCGGAAGGGGAACUUCGCCCCCGACGACAAACUCAAGUGCUAUAUGAAGUGUAUAAUGGAGCAAAUGGCUUGCAUCGAUGACGAGGGCAUUAUCGAUGUUGAGGCCACAAUUGCCGUUUUGCCGGAGGAGUAUCAGGCGAAAGCCGAACCGAUUGUGAGAAAAUGUGGCACGAAAAUCGGGGCGAACGCGUGCGAUAAUGCCUUUCUGACGAACAAAUGCUGGUAUGAGGAGGAUCCGGAGGAUUACUUUCUAGUGUGACAGGUUGGAAAAUAAAGGGCUUGCCCAGGA